GUACACCUUUUGCACAUACAGUACAAUUUUUAUCUGCCUAUACUGUUAUGAGGUUGUAAGAUGGACUGUGAUUGUAUGUGAGAGGAGACAGAACACCAACCUUGCAGCAAUAGCUGCUCAUGCUAUUUUAUCUCUCUUCAUUUUCAACUGGUGAGUUUCCACAUUUUAUUCUUUUAUUCUAAUGUUUACUACAGUAAGUCAUUCCAAGAGAGGUGCAGAAUGAGUAUAUUUUGCUUUGAAUGAGAUAAUAUUCAACAAAAUAUGCAUUAAAAAUUAUGUCAUACUCAUAUUCUUAAACUGUGAAAAGUGAGAAUCAUCAGGCUAUGGAAUAUCUGUAAUCUUGUAAAUUUUGAACUCCCAAGCAUUUAUUUUUAUUGAUCAGGAGGAAGCUGCAUUGCAGCAGGAAAUAUGUUUCUCAAUACCCAAGUUUCGUGAAUGUUUUUUUUUUUUUUUUUGUAAAAUAUGACGCAAAGGCUUUGAAAACAUCACCAUUAGAAGAAUUACGUGGAAGGAAGUUGAGAGGUCUUGUUUUAUAUUUGAUUUUUUAGACCUCCUUUUGCCCCAGAAAGAGUCACUACUAUAAACUGCAUCAUGAGUAUAAAUCAAUCAUAUAAAUUUAUCCUGCAUGAUAACUACUAUUAAUACAUAAGGAGUGAAUUAAAAUACAUAAAACACAGGUACGAUGUAAGGUCUCACCUCAUUGCCAGAUGGGAAACCCCCAGGCUAAAAGCAUAACUGAAGCCUACUUACAGUUUGGACUAAAAUGUUUUCACUGCUAUUUCUGGUGAAUUUGAUGUUUGCACCCACAGAUUUCAUUUCAUGCAAAGUCUGAGGUUCAUGCCAAGUCUGUGGUUGCCAUGGUCAACAGUCAUAUUGUGUGCAUGGAGGGAAACUCUAGAGUCUUCUCAGCAAAAUGCAGGAAAUGCUUGAGUGAGCAAAUUCCCCAGCCUUUCUGAGAAAAUACAUACAAAAUAAGGACCAAGCAAGCAAGAUUUUGUUUUAUGCAGGUGAAGCCACUAAGCAGAAAUUUAGUCAGUGAUGACCAAAUUAGUCAAGCACAUGGACCAACAAUAAUAAAUUCAGAAAGGUUCUCUCUCUCUCUCUCGGCGUGCAAUUUUGCGUGACAUACGCCGCCAUGCAGCGUUUGUUCACGGUCAGGAGUGCCGCGCGACGCCCGUGAUCAACGAACUCUGAACGCUGCGGGUUGGGGAGGGGAGGAAACGGAGCGAGGUAGAGGAUGCCGCGCACUAACUAUGCCUUACGCGGGACGCAGGGAGACGCAGCAGCAGCAUCGUCGGCGGCAACAGCGGCAUUAUCAUCCUCCUCCUCCACCUCCUCAGCAGCAUCCUCAUCCUCAGCAGCGGCUGUGGAGCGCGCGGCUGGUGCCCACCCCCCAACAUCAUCCGUGGCUCGCGUGUGCGCUCCCCCCCUGCAGCAGAAGGAGGAUGCUGGAGUGAGGGAUGAGGCUCGAGACGGGCGCGCCGGGCCAGAGCCGCGGCCUGCUUCUUCUCCCCGGAGCUGCGCGCGCCAACGUUAAAUUUAGAGCCCCUGCAGCAUCCGCGCGCCCGUCGCACCGGCGUCUUCGCAUGGUGCAUGUCAGUUUGAUCUUCCAUCAGGCCCAUGUUAGGUCAGCAAGGAGAUCCAGGAGCAUGAGCAGGACUCUGUGUGACGGGAGCAGAUGUCAGGGUACAAACGCAUGCGGCGGCAGCACCAGAAGCAGCUGAUCGCACUAGAGAACAAACUGAAGGCUGAGAUGGAUGAGCACAAGCUCCGGCUGCAGAAAGAAGUAGAGACCCAGGCCAACACCACUUACAUUGAACUGGAGCGGCUAGCCAAGAAGCAGGCUGCCCAGUUGGAGAAGGAGAUGAAGGCAUCAGCCACAGAGGAGAAGAGAAUCCAGCAACAAAUAUCGGUCCAGCAGAAGAAGGAGCUGACCACCUUCUUGGACACACAGAAAAAGCAGUAUAGACUGUGCAGGGACAGGAUGAAGGAAGAGAUGAAUGAGGACCUUAGCACACCAAAGGAGGAGAAGCAGGAACGGCUAUCACGCCACAAGGAGACAAUGCAGCGCUCACAGGCUGAAGAGGAGGCACAGAUGCUCAACCAGCAGAGGGUCAUCUAUGAAAGGAGCUGCCGAGCUCUGAAGCGACGAAGCCUCAUAAAAAAACAUGAGUUUGAACAGGAACAGAUACGGGAGGAGCUGAACAAGAAGAAACUACAGAAGGAGAUGGAGCAUGCCUUGACGAUCCGGCAAGAUGAAUCCACACAGGACCUGGAGCAACGGCAGUUGGAGUGUCUGCACAGGCUUCGCAUGGAGCUUAUCCGUUUGCAGCAUCACACUGAACUGGAGAACCAGGAGGAGUACAACAACCGACGCCAGAGAGAGCUGCACAGGAAACAUGCACUGGAGCGCCGGCAGCAGCCCAGGAACCUCAAGGCACUGGAGAUGCAGAUCAAAAAGCAAUUCCAGGACACUUGUAAGGUUCAGAAUAAGCAGUACAAAGCUCUAAGGAACCAUCAGCUUGAGGUCUCCCCUAAGAGUGACCACAAAACCCUUCUGAAGACUCUGAAGGAAGAGCAGACACGCAAACUUGCUGUGCUGGCUGAACAAUAUGAGCACAGCAUUAACGAUAUGAUGGCCUCACAAGCGGUACGUCUGGAAACUGAGCAGGAGGCCGAAUGCCAGGCCUUGAAGCGGCAGUUGCAGCAGGAAAUGGAGCUUUUGGAUGCCUACCAAAGCAAGACGAAGGCACAGGCUGAGGCUCAGCAUGAGCGUGACAUGCAGAAGUUGGAGCAGAAAGCAUCAUUGCGCAGGGCUCACCUGGAACAGAAAAUUGAAGAGGAAUUGGCUGCACUUCAGAAAGAGCGGACCGAAAAAGUAAAAAAUUUAUUUGAGCGCCAAGAGCGAGAGCUGGAGACCUUUGAUGUGGAAAGCUCACGAAUGGGUUUUGGAAGCUUGGCCUCAUUUGACUUUCCCAAGGAAGAUGACAGAUGAUCAAACCCAGGCUGGUGGGGCCACUUGAUGCUGAUGUCUGUGGAUAUGUUGUGCCUGUACUAUACUGUAACUCUUGGAUUUUCCAAGAUCACCUUUCCAGUGACCAUGCUGGAGCUGUCUUUUAAAAUCUUAAUUAGUGGCUGGGGGAACUUCUGAAAUUGGAACGUAAUCUGCAGCCAACAUAAGUGACUUAAUGGAGCUCAGAAAGCAAAAGAGCUAAAUCUAGAAGAACAGACAUUUUCUCCAUGCCGUCAACCCACUUUUGGUAUUAAAAUCAGUAAUUCAGGAUAUUUUAGUACAAGUAAGCACUUUGAUAUGUACAAGUAUGAACCCAACAUGUAAAGUGAACAUAUUGUGUGGAAAUGCCUUUGGUGUUAUCAAAGGACAUUGCGACUGUAGAAUGUGUCCUCUGUCUUCACCGUGGCUAUUAGUUGUUUUUGUCUUUUUUUACCACAGCAAAUGUGAAUACUGUUGCUGAAAGCUAUAAGCAAAGGCAGGUUUAAAACAGUGUCAGAUUUUGAAAUAUAGUGACUAUAUUGAAAGCAUUCAGUUACAUUCAUAUUGUGGUAGAACAAAUUUCUUUUUCUUAAAGGGAAAUAACUAGGCACUAUAAUUUAAUUAUUGUUCAGUAUCCUACAUUAAUUGGCAUCAAAUUUUUUAUUACUACAACAAAUCAAUGCAGUCAGAUUCCUUCUUGCUAAUAUUGCAUGCACUUUAAAAGACAAAUUCAGGUUGUGAAGUGGCGCAUGGAUCUGUCAGAUUUCAGCUGUCUGUAAAUAAAAGUGGUCCAUAGCAGUUUUGUUUCACAGCUAUUGAUACUGAACAUAAGCUUUAUCUUUGAUAUAAAAGAUUGCCAAAUGCCUUUACGUUAUGUUAUGAAUAAUUUAGUUUUCUUUCUUUUGCCCAAGUGAUAUCAUAGUUUGUUGAAUUGUGACUCAUUCAGUGUGGCAUUAUCAAUGCUGUUGUACAGGCAAAAAAUGGUGCAAUUUGUGUUGUAAAAAUUUUAUAUAAAUAUUUCUAUAUGAUAAUCUAAAUAGGGGUUUACAUGUGUACUGGUCAGUCUUUGCCAAAAUAAACAUGGGAAUCUUAUUCAGUGGUGACAAUGGAAGGCAAACUAUUUUUGUAAGCAAAACAGGGAGAAGUAACAGUUUCACUUGUAAUGUGACAAAAUCUAUUAUCAUUCUUUUUUUGGCAAGAUUCAUGUCUAGUUGGUGUUGAGAAACAACAACAAAAAAUGUUGAUCACCUUUUUAAGAAGUAAGUCAAGUAAUUCUUAAGAAGUUGAUUAAGUUGUUGAGUAAUUCUUAAAAAUUAAUUCUUAAGAAGUGGUGAUUUGCAAGCAAAUACUUUAGAAAGUAUUAUGUGGGGCCAGGGCAAUUAAUAUCUUUUUAAGCCCUAAAGAUUCGUAUCUUUUUUAAAAACCACUUGUCACACUAUGCAUACCUGGCACAUAACAUUGUGGAACUCAAGCUAAGGGAUGCCAUUCAGGUUCAUAUUUUGUGACUGUCAUUACAGGCCUGUUUUCAAACAAAGCCAUUGUUGAAACUGCCAUUGCACAAGUGAAAUGAUGUUUUAAUGAAUAAACUGAAUGAAGUU